AUGUUGACACUAGAAAUAUUGGUAGCUGGUAAUCCAGCCAUUAGGGCUGCAACAGAGGUAAACGCCACAAAUGCUGGGGGUUUUACAGCCAUUGACAUCUUAGAUGACCUGCCACCAUGUGAAGAGAGAGACAUGGAAAUCGAAAAGACCCUUCAAAGAGCAGGAGCUUUAAGAGCCAACCUCUCAAGCAAGUUCAACUCGACUCCACAUAACACGAAUAAACCUUUCAAAACCUUGAAGCAAAGAGGUGAUAAAUAUACCUUCAUGUUACUAACAGUGGCAGUGGUAGCAACAACAAUAACAUUUUUUGCAGUAUUGUCCCAUCCUGGAUGCACUUGGAAAGAAGCAUACGAGUCCGAGUCCGAGUCCGAGUCUGAAUCCGAAUCUGAGUUUGAGUCCGAUUCCAACCAAAGAAGCAUCCUCCUCAAUGCUUUGGUUCCUGCCAGUUUGUUCAUCUUCUUCAACUCCACAGUGUUUUUCACUUCAAUAGCCAUGCUUAUACACAUCACAAGUGAAUUUCCAAUGAAACCCUGGCUGCUCAUUACUAUGUCCUCAUUACUUGGCUCUUACACAUGCUCUAUAGCAGCAAUAUCACCUGAUGUGCAGCUGAAUCUCUUCUUCCUGGCAAGUCAUGCUGUAUUUUUGACAGUUGCCUGGAUAAUUAUGGUCUACACUAGGAGCCAUGUGAAUGCUAAAGAUAUCCUGGGCAAUGUAGCUAAGCGAACCCGCACGAACGUCUUCAAAUUCCAUUUAUCCGACUCUACAAUCCGAAAUUUAUUUGAAAAAGGCGCUGAUUUGGCGCCGGAAUUANGAACGUCUUCAAAUUCCAUUUAUCCGACUCUACAAUCCGAAAUUUAUUUGAAAAAGGCGCUGAUUUGGCGCCGGAAUUAUCAGCCGGUCAGAGAUCAAAAUUCAGAUCCUACCGAUCAUGACGACUUCGUUCUCGAAGACGUUCCUCACUUGACAAAUUUCCUCCCUGAUUUACCGUCAUAUCCGAAUCCAUUGCAAAAGAGUCAAGCUUAUGCAAUAGUCAAGAAAACUUUUGUUAGCCCAGAAGAUGUGGUCGCACAGCAAAUUGUUGUUCAGAAGGACAGUCCUAGAGGAGUGCAUUUUCGGAGGGCAGGGCCCCGGGAAAAGGUUUAUUUCAAGUCAGAAGAAGUGCGUGCAUGUAUAGUAACAUGUGGCGGAUUAUGCCCAGGAAUCAAUACAGUGAUCCGGGAGAUAGUAUGUGGCUUGAAUAAUAUGUAUGGUGUUGAUGAUGUACUCGGAAUUGAGGGAGGUUAUAGAGGCUUUUACUCUAAAAAUACCAUGAAAUUGACGCCUAAAGUUGUCAACGAUAUCCAUAAACGUGGCGGAACCUUUCUUCAAACUUCACGAGGAGGUCAUGAUACCAACAAGAUAGUUGAUAACAUUCAGGAUCGGGGGAUUAAUCAGGUGUACAUAAUUGGAGGUGAUGGUACUCAAAAAGGAGUAGCUGCAAUUUACAAGGAAGCUGAGAAACGUGGUCUUCAAGUAGCAGUAGCUGGAAUCCCCAAGACAAUUGAUAAUGAUAUUGCAGUGAUUGAUAAAUCUUUUGGUUUUGAUACUGCUGUUGAAGAAGCUCAGAGGGCUAUUAAUGCUGCUCAUGUGGAGGUGGAAAGCGUGGAAAAUGGAGUUGGUAUAGUUAAACUCAUGGGUCGAUACAGUGGGUUCAUUGCUAUGUACGCAACGUUGGCAAGCCGUGAUGUGCUUUUGGAUUGCAACAGGAUUGUUGCUUGAUUCCAGAGUCUCCAUUCUAUCUGGAAGGCCAGGGUGGAGUUUUUGAAUUCAUUGAACAGCGGCUUAAAGAAAAUGGGCAUAUGGUGAUUGUAUUGGCGGAAGGAGCAGGACAGGAAUAUGUUGCUCAGAGCAUGCACGCUGUAGGUGACAAAGAUGCAUCAGGAAACCGGCUACUUCUUGACGUUGGUCUAUGGUUAACUCAACAGAUUAAGGAUCAUUUUACAAAUUCCCAGCAGAUGGCAAUAAACCUGAAAUAUAUAGAAGAGAAAUUACUCACCUAGCGUGAGUGGCAAUUUCUGCUAUCUCCAAGGGGGAGGGGCAGGGACUUUAAUUCAAUUGGAACAUGGAUGCAUGAACUUAAAAUGAGAUGCUCUUCCUCUCACUGUCUCUCUUUAACUAUUCUGAAAGGUAAUCAGGCUGUGUAACGUAAAAACAUUUUUUUAUUUGUGGGGGUGGGGGCAAAGGAUCAAUAAAACUAUGGAUUGAGAUUUAAAUUUUUGUGACUGAAUUAGUUCUCAAUGAAGUAUUUUGGUAUAUCAGCUAUAGAAAGGACCAGAAAUGCA